AUGUCACAACUACUCCCCAAUGGCGGAUGGGACGUCCAUCAUCACAUAUUUGAGCCCGAGCGCUUCCCUUACGACCCAAACCGCCAUCUAACACCCCCACCCGCUACGAUCAAUGCAUACAACGAAUUCAAACACCAGCUCGGGAUCAGCCAUUCAGUUCUGACACACGGAUUAUCCUACGGAGCCGAUAGCACAUGCCUUACAACCUUCAUCGCCGACUUAUGCCGAGACAACACCAGAGGAAUAGCAGUGAUCGACCCGGAGACCGUCACACCAGCACAGCUACGAGAAAUGCAGAUCAACGGCAUUCGGGGUAUAAGAGUUAAUAUAUACCGAUACUCAGCCAUGCACGACGUCGAAUUACAGAAGCAAAUCCUAAGGAAACACGCACAAGUCCUCAGUGGCCGCUGUACUGGCUGGAGUAUGGCGUUUACACACACCCACCCGGAGUUCUGGCCAGAUCUCAAACCGAUCAUUGCGCAGGAAAUCGUGCCUAGAGGUAUUCGGCUCGUGACUGACCAUUUCGCAUUGUUGAAAGGAGCGAGCAUGUUGCCUGCUGAAUGCCAAGGAGAUGUCUCACAGCAGAUCGGGUUCCAUGAGUUGAUGGAUCUUGUGCGGGAGGGUCAUCUUUAUGUCAAGAUCAGCGCGCCGUAUCGGGUUAGCAGCAAAGCGCCAGAUUAUGCAGACUUGAAGCCUCUUGUACGUGCUUUGUUUGAUGCGAAUCCUCGGCAGUUGCUUUGGGGGAGUGAUUGGCCUCAUACGCCUUUGAUGAAAGUGCGGACUAAAGAGGAAGCACUUCAGGAAACGCCGUUCUUGGAAAUUGAUGAUCGGGCUUGGUUGAAGAGUCUACGGUCCUGGCUAGCGGAUUCCGAGUGGCAUUCACUGAUGGUUUUGAAUCCUCAAAGAUUAUACGACUGGUAG